UCACAAAAAAGCCCUAAAAUUUCUUUCUUCGAAACUUCUUCUUUCGUAAAUUCAAACCAACAACCAUUGACUUGAUUGAAACUGAAAACGACAUAGUUCGUACACCUACCUUCACGAUUUUCAUGGGUUCAUGGAUUGUAAUUGUACCGCCAAAGAUACCGGCCAAAAAUCCAAGUGGCACACGACGCAAUGGGAAAAUUCCUUACAAUUCGCAUUCACCUCCGGGAAAAAAAAAAGCGGAAAUUUUUUUUUUCAAAGUCCAAAUUCUAUUGUCCACGUGAAUUGAGUAGACAUCUCCAAAUUCUCCACUCAACGGCUACAUAAAGCGAAGCAACGGCACUCUCACUUACAUGUUAUCGUGUUGGGAAAGAUCUAUAACUGAGAGCUAAAAGAGCGAUGUCGCAAAUUCAAGUAACGAUGGAAGUCGGAAAAGACGGCGUUGCAGUUAUCACCAUCUCUAAUCCUCCCGUUAACGCCUUAGCUCUUCCCAUACUUACUGGAUUGAAGGAGAACUUCCAUGAGGCGGCGAGGAGAAGCGAUGUUAAAGCUAUUGUUUUAACCGGCAGGGGAGGAAGGUUUUCUGGUGGUUUUGAUAUCAAUAUUUUCCAGAAAGUUCACGGAACCGGUGAUGCAUCAAUUAUACCCGAUGUAUCUGUUGACCUUGUCGUUAAUGCUAUUGAAGAUUGCAAGAAGCCUAUUGUGGCAGCUGUUGAGGGAUUGGCUCUUGGAGGUGGCUUAGAAUUGGCAAUGGGUUGCCAUGCACGUGUUGCUGCCCCUAGAGCUCAACUUGGCUUGCCAGAAUUGUCACUUGGAGUGAUUCCUGGGUUUGGAGGUACACAACGUCUUCCAAGGCUUGUAGGGCUGUCAAAGGCUAUUGAAAUGAUGCUGUUAUCCAAACCAACGAUGUCUGAAGAAGGGAAAAAGCUAGGUCUUAUUGAUGCUAUUGUCCCUUCUGAAGAGUUGCUGAAAGUUUCUCGCACAUGGGCAUUAGAAAUUGCAGAGAGACGUAAACCAUGGGUACGUUCCCUCCACAGAACGGACAAGAUUGGAUCCCUCUCUGAAGCACAGGAGGUGUUAAGAAUUGCAAGACAACAAGCCAAAAUGACCGCCCCAAAUUUGCCUCAGCAUCAGGCCUGUCUAGAUGUAAUUGAGGAGGGCAUUGUCCGUGGGGGAUAUAACGGAGUUCUAAAGGAGGAAAAAGUUUUUAAGGAAUUAAUCCUUUCAGACACUGCAAAAGGUCUCGUUCAUGUCUUUCUUGCCCAGCGUGCUACAUCAAAGGUGCCAAAUGUUACUGAUGUUGGUCUAAAACCAAGGCAAACAAAGAAAGUUGCCAUUAUUGGUGGAGGCCUAAUGGGUUCUGGAAUAGCUACGGCUCUUAUAGUGAGCAAUAUAUUUGUUGUUCUCAAGGAAGUUAAUUCUGAAUAUCUCCUGAAGGGGAUAAAAACGAUAGAAGCGAAUGUUCGAGGUUUAGUAUCUAGAGGAAAAUUGACAAAGGAUGAGGCAGAAAGAGCUCUCUCAAUGCUUAAAGGAGUUUUGGAUUACUCUGAAUUUAAAGAUGUAGACAUGGUAAUUGAGGCUGUUAUUGAAAAUGUCCCUUUAAAGCAAAAAAUAUAUAGUGAGAUAGAGAAGGCUUGCCCUCCUCACUGCAUUUUGGCAACAAACACAUCCACUAUUGACCUCAAUUUAAUUGGAGAAAAAAUAAAAUCACAAGAUCGUGUUAUAGGAGCUCACUUUUUCAGUCCUGCCCAUGUGAUGCCUCUUUUGGAGAUUGUACGAGCACAAAAAACUUCCCCACAAGUAAUUCUUGAUCUCAUGACAGUUGGGAAAACAAUAAAGAAAGUUCCUGUUGUGGUUGGUAAUUGCACCGGCUUUGCAGUCAAUCGGACAUUUUUCCCCUACACACAAGGUGCACAUUUAUUGGUCAGUUUAGGUGUCGACGUGUUCAGAAUUGACAGGGUGAUCAGCAAUUUUGGCCUUCCUAUCGGUCCUUUCCGGCUUCAAGACUUAUCUGGCUACGGGGUGGCCUUGGCAGUUGGGAAAGAAUUUGCAAAUGCAUUCCCAGAUCGAAUAUUCAAAUCUUCGUUGGUUGAACUUUUGGUUAAAAAUGGACGAAAUGGGAAAAACAAUGGGAAAGGAUACUAUAUUUAUGAGAAGGGAAGCAAGCCAAAGCCUGAUCCUUCAGUGUUACCUAUUAUUGAGGAGUUUAGACAGCAUACCAAAAAAAUGCCAGGUGGAAAGCCUAUAUCAAUUACUGAUAAUGAAAUUCUGGAGAUGAUACUCUUCCCAGUAGUUAAUGAGGCAAGCCGGGUUCUUGAUGAAGGAGUCGUGGUUCGAGCAGCAGACCUUGACAUUGCAUCUGUUCUUGGAAUGAGCUUCCCAUCUUAUCGCGGUGGUAUAGUGUUUUGGGCAGAUACGGUUGGGGCAAAUCAUGUAUAUAAAAGUUUAAAGAAGUGGUCAGAAAUGUAUGGUGGCUUCUAUAAACCAUCAAAGUAUUUGGAAGAAAGAGCCAUUAAGGGCAUCCCAUUGAGUGCAGGAGCAACAUCAUCUCCAUCAUCAAAGUCGAGGCUCUAGGCUAAUAAAAUUUCAAAAUUCACCCUCAUUAAAACCAACAGAAAGAGUUUGGUUUCAUAAAGAAAUAUUAUAUAUGCCUGUCGUCAUUCUCCGAGAAACUCCAACAUAAUUGUUGAAAUGAAAGCAAUAAAUUUAUGGGCUACUUGCUGUAAGGAUUGAUAGACUAACUCGGAGUAGGAUGGGUCCAAUAAUGUUUUGGGAGCCCAUCCAAUGCAGUAAGAAGUGCUCUAAUUCCCGCAUCCUAUUCCUAUUCUUAUUCCUGUUCCUAUUCUACGCACUAGUUUUAGCUAUAACUAGAAAUAUUAUAUAUGCCUGUCGUCCUCCUAUUUCCUUUUGUCAUUCUCCGAGAAGCUCCGACACAAUUGUUGAAAUGAAAGCAAUAAAUUUAUGGUUCAAUAAUAGUAUGCUAUAAGGACUGAUAGACUCUAACUCCAACAUAAUUGUUGAAAUGAAAGCAAUAAAUUUGUGGCCUACUU